CUCACCUCCAAGGUCCAGCCUCUCAUGCCAUCAACCCCAAACCGGUUCUCCGCUCUGCACCCAAAUCACUGGCUCUGCCAGGACUGACGGAUGAGAGCGCUCCAGAGACUGAUUCAGGGCAGGGUCCUGCUCCUGACCACCUGUGCGGCUGGCAUUGGUGGGACUUUUCAAUUUGGCUACAAUCUCUCCAUCAUCAAUGCCCCAACUUUGCCCAUUCAGGAAUCCAUCAACGAGACAUGGUGGCUGCGGACCGGCCGGCCACUGUCCGACCACCUGGUUCUGUUUGUGUGGUCCCUCAUUGUGUCUCUGUACCCCCUGGGGGGCCUCUUUGGAGCCUUGCUUGCCGGGCCCCUGGCUGUCCUGCUGGAAGGUAAGAAGAAGUCCCUCCUGGUGAAUAAUGUCUUUGUGGUGGCCGCAGCCACCUUGUUUGGCUUCAGCUGCCAAGCAGGCUCCUUUGAGAUGAUCAUGCUGGGCAGGCUGCUCAUGGGAGUCAGUGCAGGCUUGAGCAUGAAUGUCCAGCCCAUGUACCUGGGGGAAAGUGCUCCCAAGGAAUUCCGAGGAGCCGUGGCCAUGACCCCAGCCAUCUUCGCCCUGGGGAUCGUGAUUGGUCAGGUGGUCGGACUCAGGGAGCUUCUGGGUGACCCAGGGGCCUGGCCCCUGCUGCUGGCCAGCUGCCUGGUGCCUGGGCUGCUCCAGCUUGCCUCCCUCCCUCUGCUCCCUGAGAGCUCACGCUACCUACUCAUUGACCGUGGAGACACUGAGGCCUGCCUGGCAGCCCUGCAGCGGCUGCGGGGCACUGCAGACGUGGCCGGGGAGCUGGCGGAGCUGGAGGAGGAGCGGGUCGCCUGCCAGGGCCAGCGCGCCCGGCGCCCAUGGGAGCUGUUCCAGGAUCGCGGCCUGCGGAGGCAGGUGACGAGCCUCGUGGUGCUGGGCAGUGCCGUGGAGCUCUGCGGGAACGACUCGGUGUACGCAUACGCCUCCUCAGUGUUCAGGGCGGCGGGGAUCCCUGAGGGGAAGGUCCAGUUUGCAGUCUUGGGGACUGGGAGCUGCGAGCUGCUUGCGGCCUGCCUCAGUUGUGUGCUGAUCGAGAGGUCAGGCCGCCGUGUGCUGCUGAUAGGAGGGUACUGCCUGAUGACCUGCUGGGGAAGUAUUUUCACUGUGGCCCUAUGCCUGCAGAGCUCCUUCUCCUGGAUGCCCUACCUGGCCAUGUCCUGCAUUUUUGCCUUCGUCCUCAGCUUUGGCAUUGGCCCCGCCGGAGUGACAGUGAUCCUGGCCACAGAGCUGUUUGACCAGAAGGCCAGGCCUGCUGCCUAUAUGGUUGGUGGCGCGCUCGUGUGGACCUUGCUCUUCCUGGUCGGGCUGGGGUUUCCCUUCAUCAAGGAGGGCUUGUCCCACUUUCUCUAUAUGCCUUUCCUCGCCUUCUGUGUCUGUGGGGCCAUCUAUACUGGCUUCUUUCUCCCUGAGACCAAAGGCAAGACCUUCCUGGAGAUCUCCGAGGAACUGCACAGACUCAACUUCCCCUGGCACAGCCAGGGCCCCAAGUGGACGGGCCCAGAAGUCAUCUUGUCCACAGAGCUGUAGCACUGUUAGGUAUGGUGGGGGCCCAGAUUCAGCUGUUGCUGUCUCCUUUGCUUCCUGCCAAGGGUCCUGGCCCCCUGCAUUCCCUAGUUCCUGUGUUCAUUUGUCUAAUGAGUG